AUGUUUGAGAAUAUCGUAUCUGAAGUACUUACUCGAUAUUUUGGUAAAUAUAUAAGUGGACUUAAUGCAGAAAAUCUUCGUAUUUCAUUAUGGAAUGGUGAUGUUACGUUAGAAAAUCUUAUAAUUAAUGAAAGUGCAUUUGAUGGAUUUUUAGUUGGAGUUCCAUUAAAAGUUACAUCUGGAAGAAUUGGCAAAAUGUCUUUACGUUUUCCGUGGAAUAAAUUAGACUCACAACCUGUUGUAGUUGAAAUUAAUGACAUUGAGUUAGUUUGUACCACCGAUUAUAGUGUAGAUCCAUCUGUUAUUUCUGAGCAAUUAAAAAAAGAAGAGCAAGAGUCUAAACAACGACAAUUAAGAAAUUAUGAAAUUACUUCUGAUAAAACAACUUUAACACAAAGAAUAAUAACAAAAGUUAUCAAUAAUAUGCAAAUUGAUAUUACAAAUAUUCAUAUUAGAUAUGAGGGGGUUAAUGGAUGGAUUAAUACAAAAUAUGCUAUUGGUUCAGUUAUUGAUUCAAUUAAAUUAUAUUCUACGGAUAGUCAGUGGAAUCCAGCUUUUGUAGUGGAGAAUCAAGGAGAUCAUUUUAAGAUUGCUGAAAUUAUUAAAAUGAGAAUUUAUCAUUCACAAACGAAAGAAGAUAAAUGGGACACAAACAUCAAAAAGGAAUAUAUUAUAGAUGACCUUACAACAAAAAUGAGGUUGAUUUUAUCAGAUAAAGAUGAUUCAUAUCCGGUUACAAGUCAAAUUAUUUUAGAAAUGUUAAAGGUUGGAGUAUCACAAGGAGUAAUGAUUGAUGUGAAAAGUUUAAUGCAACAACAAAAAUUAUUUGAAGGAAAAUGUUCUCAAGCUGGAAGGAAUAUUAAAAAACCAGAAGAAGGAGUUGAACAGGUACCAAAGAAAUGGUGGAAAUUUGCAUUUGAUAGUUUAUUAAUUGAAGUUAAGAAAAAAAAUUAUAAAGAAAGUAAUGAAUAUAAAAGAAAAAGAAGAGCAUUACGUCAGGAAUAUACAGAUAUAUAUACUAGAGUACUUAGUGAAACUACAGUUAGUGGGGAUAAAGAACGAUUUAAUGAAUUAGAAGAAGAGCUUAGUGUAAAAGAGAUAAUUUAUUUAAGAAACUUUGCAAAAUCUGAAGUUGAUGAAGCAAAAAGUAAUAGUAGUGGAAUAUGGAGUUGGAUGGGAUAUUCUAAUGUUGUCAAUUCACAAUUAACAGAAGAUAUUCAUUCAUUUCUUGGAGAUGAUAAUAAAGAAGAAAAAGUAACUGACACAAAAAAACUAAAACAAGUUGAUUUUUCAUUUGAAACAAAACAAUUUAUUAUUGAUUUAUUUGGAAGUGAUUUAAAUGAGGCAUUUGUAGAAGUAGAAAUUAGUGCAUUGAAUUGUUCUGUUGUUAAGAAAACUAUUGGAUUUACUGCUAAUAUUGAUCUUAAUGAUGCUAAAGUUAAGAGUAAUAAAGAUAAUAAAUACCCAUAUAUAUUUUCAGCUAUAAACAAUGAAAAAAAUUUAUUACAUAUUAAAUUAACAAGUGAAAAAGAAGAAGAAAAAAUUGAUAGUGAUUUUUCAUUAGAUGUUCAUUUAGAACCUACAAAGAUUGUUUAUAAUAAAAAUAUGGCUGAAGAAUUAAUGAAUGUAUUUAGAUCAUUAGAUGUUGUUGAAUCAUAUGGUCAAAUUGGUGUUAAAUUACCUUCUAUGAAUUUAAAAAGUAUAUUAGAUGAACAUAUUCGGGUUGUUAUAUCAGCAAUGAUUCAUGCACCUUAUAUUAUUAUUCAUUCUGAUAAUAAUGAACUUCAUAUUGAUUUAGGAAUUGUUAAAAUGUUAACAAAUGAAAGAAAUGGAAUAUAUGAUUCAUAUAAAUUAACAAUUAAUGAAAUUAAUUGUAAAAUGAUUACUGAUUCUAAAUCAGAAAUUCUUCUUGAGAAAACUCAGAUGUCUUUUGAUAUACAAAAAGCUUUAUUAUCAUGGAAAGAAAUGAAAGAAAAAUUAAAUGAAUUUAGUCCUGGAAUUAUUGUUGAUUGUUUACUUGAUACAACAAAACUUCAUAUUUCUUCUGAACAAAUGAGAGUUAUUAGGUUAAUGUUUAAAAAUCAAAAACCAAAACCAAAAACAGAGCAUGAAGCUAUUAGAGAUUUAUUGCAACAAGAAGAUGAUUUAACUGAUAUAGGAGAUGAUGCUGUUAUACAAAUCCCUGAAGAUUUUAUUAAAUUAAAAUUAACUGUUUCAAUUCCUGAAGCUACUGCAUUUAUUUCUUUAACAGAAAAUGAACCAAUUUUUAAUGUUUCAGCUAAACAAUUAACAAUGACUUCUAUUAUAAAAGAUAAAAAGUCAAGUGCUGAUAUAAGUUUUGGAGAUGUUAUUGUUAUUGAUAAUGACAAUAUGACAUUUUUCAGUAAAAAACAGACAAAUGAAUCACUUGUUAGCCUUCAUAUGACAAAUGAAAAUGAUAAACCAAUAACGAUAACAUUAUUUGCUGCACAAUCAAUGAUUUAUUUUGAUCUUCCUCAUCUUGACCAUAUUCUUCAUUUCUUAUAUAAUGAUCAUGAACAACAAACUGUUGUUAGUAUUCCUCAAAAGAAAACUCAAAGUAAAGUAGUACAAGUUUCUUUUGUUUUUACUUCUAUUGGAUUAGUAGUUAGAAAUCGUGGAAAUAACAAUAAUCCUGAAGUUGACAUAACUGUUAAAGGGUCAUUAAAAAGAGUUUUUGCUAAAGAUGAAACUAUCUCAGGUAAAAUUCAUUCAAUGGUUAUUCAAACAGUAGAUACUCCAAUCGACAUUUUAUAUACUCAUGCCAUUACUCAAAAAGCAAUUCAACAAGACUAUAGACAUUAUUUAUCUAUUAAAACUGAUCAAAUGACUUGUACAUAUCUAAAUAUUUUUAUUCAACAAUUAUAUAGUUGGCUUCAAGACUUUCUUCAUAUUUGUAGUGUAAGAGUAUUUCCUUCAAAUGAACCAUCUCAUUCAUAUGAUCGACUGAAGUUAGAGACAGAUAUUACAAAUGUUUCAUUAUGUAUUCCAGUUGCUUCAUAUAUUGAAGAUGGUAUAAAAUUAAUAGCAAAACAGUUACAAGUAAGAAGUACAUGGAUUCAAAAUCAACAAUCAACUAAAAGUCUUACUUUAUAUGAUAUUUAUUUUGAUGAAAAUGUUUCAGCAAAAGAAGUUACUUUUAAUUUUACUUUUCCAGAUGAAAAGAAUGUUGCUGUUGAUUUUCCUGCAUGGGAUAUUUCAUUAUCAAUUCCUUCUGGAUAUAUUAAUUUAACUAAAGAAAGGUAUAGAGAGAUUGUUGGGUUAAUUAUGAUUAAUUUAGGAGAAUUAAGUAAACAUCAAGACUUAAUCAAAUAUCAUCCUGUAGUAUCUCCAAAUCAACAAGAAUUAUCAGAUAUUAGAAGUCGUAUUUUUACAGCUGACAUUGGUAGUGUAGAAGUUAAUGUCAAUGAAGAAGAACAAAUUGGAAUUAUGAAAUUUGAUGAAUUAAAAUAUAAAUAUUUAAGUUUACCUCAUGACUGUUCAUUACAUACUGUAGAAAUUAAAAGUGGUAGUUUUAUUGAUCAUUUAAAUAAAGAUGAACUACUUUUCUGGGUUGAAGGACAAAAAAAGAUUGAUAAUUUUAUGAAUUUUUCAUUUGAAACUGCUGAAAAAGAAAAAAUAAUAACACUUUCAUUUGGUCAUUCUUCUCAUAUUCGAUUAACUCAAGAAACAUUAUUAAAAUUAAUUAAAUUCUUCUCUGUUGAAAAUAAAUAUCUUAUUACUGAAAGUGGGUUUGCUGAAGUUGUUGAAACUACUAAAAUACAACCAGAACGAGCAUUUGUAUUUAAAUUUUUAAUGAAUGAAAUUAAUUUCCAUUUGAAUGAUAAACAAGGAGAUUUUAUGAUAGUUUCAUUAUUAAAAAGUAGUAUUGAAAUGAAACGAUUUAGAGAAGACACUAAUGUAUUUUUAAAGAUAGGUACAUUAAAAGCUGUAUCAGAUGAUAAAGUAAUUGUUUCUAUUUCUGAUGAAAAAGAGAUGGGAACAUUUGAAUAUAUUUAUGAAAAACGAAAUGAAUUAUCAAUGUUUAAGGGUAAUUUAUCUCAAAUUCAUAUCAUUUUUUAUGACAAAGUUAUUAUUAGGGGUGCACAAUAUUAUGAACAACUUGUGAAGAUUCUAUCUGCUUUAAAAGGUAAAACGGUUCAAUUUAUUGAACAAACUGCAACUGUAUCUCGUAAAAUAAGAUUAAACUUUGUUAUUGAAGCUCCAAAAAUUGAUAUUGGAGAAGUAACAGCACAAUUAGGUAUUGUAACUAUUACUGAUAAACCAGGAACAUUAAAUAAGCUAGAAAUAAUUGGUAAUUUAAGUAAUACUAAAGUGAAUAUAGAUAAAGAUGAAGUUGUAAAAUGUGAAGGUGUAACAAUGGAAAUUGAAGUAAUUGAUGCAGAUGAUGGAUAUACUGAUGUAGGGAUUGAUGCAGAUUGUAAAGUUAUUGAUAUUUGUACGACACCACAAAAUUUAACAUCAUUAUUAAAUAUUGCUGAUAUGAUAAUCAAAACAUCUCAACAAAUUCAAUUACCAAAAUAA